UAUUUCAGGGUCUCGGCAGUUUCGUCGGAUGGUGUCAGCCCUCUGUCCGAUCCUUACACAGUGAACUCGCCACAGCCACGGGUCAGCGCAAAGCUACAGCUCCUACAUAUGGUGUACUUGGUCAGCUGGUUUCAUUUACGUACAUGGCCACUCGGAGAGAAGGAUUUGGAUGUGGUACCAAUGUUCCAUUUAAUCACAUGCGCCGAGCCGGAUCUGUCCCAAGGAGUACCUCUCCCAGAAUUUGUAGGUACGCUUCCGAACACUUUGGUUGGCCGUUUGGGUUCGGAUAUGAUGUAUCGAAAAUGCCGGUUCGUCUACUAUGCUCAGAGCAUCUCGAGCCGAAGAUGUGCUACACAAACAGAAAUUCGGACACCACCCACUCAAGAUCUGCAAACGCUUGCAAUCAACUGCGACACGGUUGAGGGCAAUCCGUGCGUCAGGGUUGACAUCUAUCAAGCUCCCAUUUGUGGUCAAAUCAACGAUAUCGAUUAUACGGUACGUUUAAUUUCACUAAAAUACUACAGUCUGAGUCUAAACGUCACAUUUGAUCCAAUAGUGAGGGAUAACGAGAUGCCGACCAUCUACUACCAGGCGUAUUAUGGUGAAGCUCUACCGUACUCACGGAAAGAGGAGGAGGCACUAGCUGGCGUGAAUAUGACGAGAGUGUUAGGAAGCACCACCAACUGCUUACAGUUCGACCAGAACGGAUUCUGUUUGCACAAUACUGGUAACAGUGUAAACGUGAGUGGAAUCCACUACGAUAAGCUGUACGGAAUUACGUUUUGUGCUGUGAAGGAUCCUCGAAAUCUCACUUUACCCAAUCUGACGGAAAGCAGUCGAUCGGUUCGACCACGAGCCAAUAAGAUCUACGUCAACUUUGCGGAUCAGGCUAACAGUAAAACAGCAAUGAUCAUCGGAAUUGUUAUCGGAGCAAUAGCCCUUCUGAUUUUUGCCAUCAUUGGCAUCUGUUGUUACAUCAACAGAAAGCAAAAGCAGGAGAACAAGCUGUACCAACUGAAACUCGCCCAGCUGGAACGUCAAAAGGAAUGUCGUUAUGCCGAUCUCCCGAAAAUGCACGACAUCUGGGAAAUCGAGCGACGUAAUCUGAUAAUAUUCGAUGAAUUCAAACUCGGAUCUGGAGCUUUUGGCGCUGUUUAUCUUGGAAAGCUUCUCGGCAAGUCGUUGGCACACAAAGACUCAAUUUCACCUCUGGGAGUCAAUCUCAUGAGGGCGGAAAAUUGUCAGGUUGCUGUAAAAAUGUUACCUGAGUACGCCGAUGAAAUGUCCCGAAGUGAUUUUCUUAGAGAAAUUGGGCUUAUGAAAAUACUUGGAUACCAUGAAAGAUUGGUGAAUAUGAUAGCCUGCAUAACAGAAUCCGAACCACUGUGCCUUAUCGUGGAAUACUGUAGCGACGGCGAUUUGCUACGUUUUCUACGUGAACGAUGUAAAUAUAUGAUGAAGCUUGACGCAGCUGGUGUAAACUAUCAUGAGCCGCCAAUCGAUAACAGUUACGAUAUCGAAAUGGUAAUCACAUUGAAACAACUGCUCAUGUUUGCCGUUCAAGUCAGUUAUGGACUGGAAUACUUGUCAUCGAAAGGUUUUGUCCAUCGAGACGUAGCAGCUCGAAACGUGCUGGUCCACGGGAAGAACGCUUGCAAAAUUGGUGAUUUUGGUCUCUGCCGGAAUUUGUAUGCGGACAAUUCACUCUACAAAAGCAAGGGUGGACGCUUGCCGUUGAAAUGGAUGUCACCAGAGGCCAUUCGACAUUACGAGUUCUCAGCGCAAAGUGAUGUGUGGGCCUUCGGUGUCCUACUGUUCGAGAUUAUCACCCUUGGCGGUUCACCAUAUCCAUCUGUAUCUCCUGAAGAAAUGCUACCUUUUUUGGAAAACGGUGGUCGAAUGGAACGUCCUGAUAACUGCCCUGAAAACUUCUAUGAAGUAAUGUGCGAGUGCUGGACAGUGGAUCCUCGACUGCGGCCGGAUUUCUCAGCAAUUCGCCAGAAGCUGGCUUCUUUGCUGGAGGAAAUCACUGAAGAAUACAGCUAUCUGACUUUGGACGCUCAAAAAGACUACUAUAAUGUACAGUAUGGAGAUCAAAAGGUUACUGUAAAAUACGGUUAUUGA